UUAUCUUAUGCUUGUUAACAUUAUCUUGUCUCCGUCCUGUCAUUGACAGGACAAUUCACAGUAAUGCUGGCAGAAAUUUCCGAGAACCAGUGUGACAGGUUGGCAGCUGGACGACAAGUCUUGACAGUCCUAAGUGGUGUUUUUUCCCCAAUGAAAUGUUAUGAAAAAAAAAGCUGAGGUUUUAUCCCGCUUUGGGCCGUCAUGUAAUGACUGUAUUCAUACUGAAAAUAUCAAUAACUCUUUAAUAAGUUAGACGCUGUGGAUGUUUGUCAGGGGCACAGCUUCAUACAUGGACGGAUUAAUCCACUAGGGGGCCCCGGGGCAAAUAUGUAACCCCCCCACCAACCCCCAGAGCCCCCUCUCCUACCCAGCGAUCAACACUGCUCAGUGUGUACAUAGUGCAUGCGCCCUGUCCCGUUAAAGCACCCAUGGAGCUAUGAUGGCAACGUGACAGGAGGGAAGCCGCUGAGUCAGCUUCAACAGGAACCAUGGAAGGGUUUCAGCCAACUGCUACAGAGCAGCACGACAGGGUGAACGGCUACUCCUCCCCCAAAUCCCCACAGGACACGGCUGAUGUCAGGUGGACGCCACCAGAGGGAGAUUCUGGAGGUUCGGACAGCUGUGGGGGGACAAGUGUGUCGGAGCUGACAGACCUGCAAGAGUUGAAGGCAAGGGAAAGUGAGAAUGAGGAGGACAAGGAGGAGAAGGAGGCAGUUCCUGCCUCUAAAGGCCUGAAAGGGGACCAGAAGAAAAAAGAGAAAGAGAGUCUGGAUGAGGAGAACAAUCACAGCAAGCAAAACAGCAGUGCAGCAUCCAGCUAUACAGACCUGUCCCAUACCUCGUCACCCUCGCUGUCAGAACAGCUGCGUCUUGGCCGAGAAGACAGCACAGGGUCUGGGAUCAGCGUGGAGUGUAAGGUCUGUGGGGACAAGGCCUCUGGCUUUCACUAUGGCGUGCAUGCCUGCGAAGGUUGCAAGGGCUUUUUCCGGCGGACCGUGCGAAUGAAACUGGAAUAUGACCGCUGUGAACGUUCCUGCAAGAUUCAGAAGAAGAAUCGUAACAAGUGCCAAUAUUGUCGAUUCCAGAAGUGCCUGUCUUUGGGAAUGUCCCAUGAUGCGAUCCGAUAUGGACGUAUGCCUGAGGCGGAGAGGAAGAAGCUGGUGGCAGGCUUGCUCGCAGAGGAGCUGAACCACAGCAAACCAGGUGGUUCAGACCUGAAGACCUUGGCGAAACAAGUCAACACAGCCUACCUGAAGAACCUCAGCAUGACCAAGAAGAGGGCCCGCAGCAUCCUAACGGGCAAAACUAGCAGCACCUCGCCAUUUGUAAUCUACGACGUGGACACACUCUGGAAGGCAGAGAGUGGUUUAGUAUGGAGCCAGCUAGUUCCAGGUGCACCCCUGACGAAGGAGAUUGGGGUCCAUGUGUUUUACCGCUGCCAAUGCACUACGGUGGAGACGGUGCGAGAGCUCACCGAGUUUGCCAAGUGCAUUCCAGGGUUCGUGGACCUCUUCCUUAAUGAUCAGGUGACUUUGCUGAAGUAUGGCGUGCACGAGGCCAUUUUUGCCAUGUUGCCCUCUAUCAUGAACAAAGAUGGGCUGCUGGUGGCCAAUGGCAAAGGCUUUGUGACCAGGGAGUUCCUGCGCAGCUUAAGAAAGCCCUUCAGUGAGAUCAUGGAGCCUAAGUUUGAGUUUGCUGUAAAGUUUAACGCUCUGGAGCUGGAUGACAGUGACCUGGCCCUGUUUGUUGCUGCCAUUAUUCUCUGUGGAGAUCGUCCCGGGCUGAUGAACGUGAAGCAGGUGGAGCAGAGUCAGGACAGCAUCCUCCAGGCCCUAGACCUCCACCUUCAAGCAAACCACUCUGACUCAGUCUACCUCUUCCCGAAGCUGCUGCAGAAGAUGGCGGACCUCCGUCAGCUGGUUACCGAGAACGUUCACCUUGUACAGAAGAUCAAAAAGACUGAGUCGGAGACCUCGCUCCACCCUCUACUACAGGAGAUCUACAAAGACAUGUAUUAGUUCUCCAGCAGAGACUGCUUUUAGUGAUACUGUUACAGAAUGAAUUUACAUUUAUAAUAAUACACUGCAUUCAGUACAAGCACUGUUCCAAGUACGGGAAUGGACUUUAACAUGAUGAGGCAAAGUUACGUGGUAGGGCUAACACAAUCAGCAACGUCUUCUCAAUGUCUGCAUUACCCUCAGCACAGUAAUGUGUGUGUGGCGUGUGUGUGUGUGUGAGAUAAGCAUCUGGAAUCAUUUGCUGCAAGUCCUAGUUUCCCACAACGCUCGCUUAACAGAGAGAAUGAUAUGUUUUCUCACUGAAGCUGCUCCUAUUACAUUCUAAUAGCGAAGCUGACCCCAGAGCAGUGUGUAGAGAGAGCUUCUCCUCGCUCACCGAAGCUCCGUGUUUUGCUGUGAAGGGAAAGUAUUUCAUGUUCUUACACCAGUGGCAUAGCUGAAACAGAAGAGAGCCGUCAAGUUUGUGCUGUGCAAGAAUUUCUUAUGAUGCCAAUGUCUUUGGUGGAGUGAUUGUUCUCAGACUUUUGGUAAAUCUGAAGAUGCACAAAUAGGUUUUUGUUUACAUCAUUGUCAUCAUCAGUGACCGCGCUACUUUGCCAAUUGGUUUAUAGAACACAAACUGGGCUGGCUCCAGCAGUGUAGGGCUCUCUCAAAGCAGCUGUCUGUGCAAUACCUUUUUUUUCCAAUUUGUCAAUAAAUGUAGAGAUCCAAGUUAUAUAGAUUUUGUCUUAAAGCCAUCUACCCAAGCGGUAACUGCACAGAUUUUGUUUCUGAAGCUGACACUAUAAACACACAACGCAUUGAAGUACAAGGGACCGCAUGUUUGUUUUUUCUUUAUUUUGACAUGCAAAUUAUUAUGAAAUUGCAAUUUUAUGGUUUUUCUUAGUUUAUUCUUUGUAAUUCUGUUACUAAUUAUUUGUAAUUGUUGAUCAUAUUUGUAAGGGCAAAAUAUGAAUUAUCAUCUUGUUUUGUGUAAUAAGUAUGUCUGCUCUUUCAUAUUACAUGCCUGUCUAUUUACUUUAGGUUGUACCAAAUAUAUCGUCAAGCAUACCAACAAACUUUUCCGUGAUGAGGAAUUUGGACUUCACGCCUUCACACAGGAUUUACCUAAAACCAGCAUACUGUACCAUGAUGUCAUUAUUAGGAAAAUUGAAGAUUAGAAAUCAACAGACAGCAACUAGUAUCAUAAGUCAUUUCCAGUUUCACCUAAGAUAUAACCACAGUCCUAGGUUACUACCCUUCUUGUGUACAGUCUGAGUUGUCUUGUCUGAGACACAAAGUGUAACAGCCUUACAAUAGUGUAACCAGGAUUCAUAAUUUUCCAACUCUUCCCCACCCCCACAUAUUCCCAUAUAUUCUGUAGCAACUCUUUUUUUUUUUUUUUUUUUUUCCGCUGUACUUUCUUCUGAAUGGACUUCAGUAUGUGAGCAAUGGUGCACACAGUCAACCUUCAGAAGCCUCCUCUUGUGCUCUUAUUCUGUCUUGAUCCUUAUCUACCUCUAAUGUAUGAUCUGUGACAU